CUCGGGAUCAUCUGUGCUCUCUCGUAGGCGACUAUCAACUCAACUUACAACUAUGUAUUUUCUCGUAUUUCUUUUAAACAGGAUUUCAACGCAAAAUUCUUGAUGACGCUGAAGUGAUCGACGUAAAGGCCGGAGUUUCAUUCUUCCCAGACUCUCUCCGCCCAGAAAACAAGAAAUGGAACUCAGAGUCGGCAAUAAAUACAGACUGGGACGUAAAAUCGGUAGCGGAUCCUUCGGCGACAUUUAUCUAGGAACGAAUAUUUCAACAAGCGAAGAAGUAGCAAUUAAACUAGAAUGUAUCAAAACAAGACACCCUCAGCUUCACAUAGAAUCCAAAUUCUACAAAAUGAUGCAGGGAGCGGUUGGGAUCCCAACAAUAAAGUGGUGCGGAUCGGAAGGUGACUACAAUGUAAUGGUCAUGGAAUUAUUAGGUCCUUCUUUAGAAGAUUUGUUUAAUUUUUGUUCAAGAAGGUUUACUCUAAAGACUGUCUUAUUAUUAGCCGAUCAAUUGAUAAAUCGAAUAGACUAUAUUCACAGUCGCAAUUUCAUCCAUAGAGACAUCAAGCCUGAUAACUUUUUGAUGGGAUUAGGGAAAAAGGGGAAUUUGGUGUACAUCAUAGACUUCGGUCUGGCGAAAAAGUACCGUGACGGCCGGACCCAUCAACACAUCUCUUACAAAGAGAACAAAAAUCUCACGGGAACUGCUAGAUAUGCUUCCAUUAACACACAUUUAGGAAUUGAACAAAGCAGACGAGACGAUUUAGAAUCUUUAGGCUAUGUAUUAAUGUAUUUUAAUAGAGGUUCAUUACCUUGGCAAGGAUUAAAAGGUGCGACUAAACGACAAAAAUAUGAAAGAAUUAGUGAAAAGAAAAUGUCUUCUCCCAUAGACGAACUCUGUAAAGGUUACCCAGCUGAGUUUGCAAUGUACCUAGGCUACUGUAGAUCUCUUAGGUUUGAAGAAAGACCUGAUUAUUCGUUCCUUCGCCAAUUAUUUCAAACUCUAUUCCAAAGAGAACUAUUUACUUAUGAUUAUGUCUUCGACUGGAACAUGCUCAAAUUCGGAGGGAGCCGAGCUGGAGCUGGGGAAGAAGCAAGAGGAGCUACCGGCGGCGGUGCAGUCGGAGCUGGAGCAGGUGGGCCUGGUGCAAGGAUUACAGUUAGGAUAGGUCAAGGUGAAAGAGCAACGAAUGGUGCCCAUAGAAGGGCACGCCCAGGCAUUGCCCUUCUUCCCAACAGUAGCCCAACUACUGUCUCAGCACGAGGCCGAGCGAUAACCGGUGAAGGAGGACAGGAGAGGAGAGUUUCGAUGCGACUUCACAGAGGUGUCCUCCCCAACUCCUCGACUCUAGACCUGAGUGUACAAAGGAUGAACACGAUCCCCCCACCUGUGGAAAACUCAGUGUCAGGAGGGGCAAUGGCACCCCCAUCCUUGAGUCCGCCAGGCGGCGUGCGGCGGGGAUCUGUGAGUAAGACGGACACGGCGAGAAAGAAAUGAAGGCACGACCCCCCCACAAAUCAAUGAGAGAGACCAGCUCGCAAGUAAAUACGCUCAGUCCAAAUCGCGAUAAGAGGAGUUCCAGGUGAAAUGCAAAUUGUAACGGUUUCGCUGCUCAAUAAUAAGUAACAUUUGUAGUAUGUUCAGAAGCCCCAGAGUAAUUAACAUUUUGGAAAGUUAAGUCCAGAAUUUCAUCUAAUUUUUUUUCUAUUUUGGAUAGUACAUUUUUUAAAAACAUAAUUUCAAUUUUUAUUUCUGGUAGAAAGUAAUUUUGAAAUUAUAGUAAAAAAACAAGUGAAACACAAGCAAGUCUUGAUGAAAUCUGGAUGUAAUGAGGUAAAAAAUAUAUAUUUCAUGAUUCAAACAAAAAAAAAGAAAAAAAAAGAAAAACAAACAAACUUCAAAAUAUUGAUUAGUAAUCCUGUAUGCAAAAUAUAAAACCUAUAUUGUUUUUACUGGCAAGCUGUCAUUAAAUUAAUUACAA